GCCUCGACGCGCACAGUCGCGGCUCGAACGCCGUUCCCUGCGAACGUGUGUUGUCCUCGCGGACCGUGCGCCCGUUCUUCUCGGUGGCGCGAAUGACAUUCCGUUGGUGCUUGGCGAUCGUACGCGAUUUCCAGAGGUACACUCGGGACGAGAGGGACGAUGACGUGAAUGCGAUCGUGAUCCCGAGUCGCUCCGAAGAGGCUUCUCGAUGAGAAACGUCCGAAGGAAUCGAUCAAGUCCGAGUUUUCGGAGCACGCCGAGCUACGCACAUGUUUGGUACUGAUGACUGGUGACAACCCACGCGCGCCGAAACAGUGCCUCGCGGCCUUCUCAGGGAGAUGAUUGGCAACGUUGACUGAUCUUGUGAUCGAUGAUUGAGAGACUACGAUCGAUGUUGGCGUUUAGAAUUGUGUACGUGACGUUCUGAAUAGACGGACGUGCCGAUUGGUGAUCGGGAAACGGGUCGAGACUGUAGAUCGCUCUAUUUACUCCGAUUUUACUCCGAGACGAUAUUUAUCGUAAUGAGUUGCGAGCACGUGUGUGAUUUUCCGCAGUCUAGUCAGAGGUACGCGCAGUUUAAUCAUAUAUUUAAUAUUUCAAUCUAACCUAAGCAAAAUUAGAGCAGACGGUAAUGAUCAUAGGUGUAUAAAUCGUUUCAGUAUAUAAAAAAAUGAUCACCCACGCGUUUAUCAUUAGCAUACAGUAGCUAGAAAUUAAGAACUUGUAAUAGUAAGAACCUCCUACGUAAAUAAGCGGACAUUUCAUGCACGUCUGUGAUUUCGAUUGUAAAUUAGUUUUAUGUCAUUCGCGCGAUUAUCAAUAUUUGUCGUAGACAAGGUGCUCCAAGUGACGUUUAGAAGACAAGAAAAACUGAUAUUCGACUUUAAAAACCUGUCAUCUUUUCGAUUACAUUCGACUCUUAAUUGAUAAGUGCCAGGACUAAAAUUGACGCUAUGAAUUUGUGAGAAUUCGAGUAUAACGCGAUAUGUCACGAAUGGCGGAGACUUCCGAGGCCCAGGAGAAUUAUUGAGGCCCCAGAAGGGAAUGGAUUUUCAGAGCGCAAUGGACACCUUUGUAGAGGCAUGGAUGGCUGCUAACACGAAGACGGAUCAAGUACAGAGCCAAGCGUUGGCAUUGACGCACAAAGCCUCGCCACCAUCGAGACCGAGCAGCGUGUCCUCGUUACCGAGGAGCCCUCAGUCUCAUCAGUCCCAGCAGUCUCAGCCGCAGAACGCAUCUCAGCACCCGCCGGUACAUCCGCUGCAAUCGCAGACACCUCUCAGUACACCCCAGACACCGUUCUCUGCGCACAACCAGCACCCAAAACAAGAAAUCACCAGUCCCAAGCAGGAAGGCUUCGAUCUCAGCAAAUCCGCCUCCAGUACUGCGAAAAAUCUACCGGUGCAUUGUGUGGUGGAGACGAUUCACAAUAUUGUGGAAAGCCAUGUGAGCAACAGCCGUGAAAAAUGGCGAAGUCCCCAAGUGGAGACGGACUCUUACGUUAUUAUUCCGAUAGCUAUGCCCUUUCAGGAUUUGGUGGGCGAAGCACUUGUUCGUCUGGGAUACUCCAGCGAUCUGAUACCAAGUGCUAGAGGGAGCAUCGUUAUACGUAACUGGAAGCCUUUGCCGAUGGAGAAAGUUGCCGAUGGACCACUACUGACAGUAGGAGAUAUUUUGGCCGAAUUGACGUCGGUGGCGACCCUGAAGAUUCAGGUGUACAGGUCCAGGCCGCCACCUCCCAGUCCGGCAGCUGAAGUUAGAAAUAAAUUGCUGAGGUUGCUUUUGUUGCACAGCCACACGCUUCUCGUUUCCGCCGGGUGCCCUUUGGAUGAGAUGACCCUGCUAUCCCUCUGCCGAGGCGGCAAUGACCUGUCGGAAGAGACAAAGAGAAAUUUCGAAACGUGGCUGCAGCAACAACAGAUAGGUCUCGGUAUGAACCCGAUACCACCAACUUCCAAUCACCAUCAUCACACGCAAAGUCCGCAGCCCGAUAGCGGUGGCACGAUCGCUCCCGGCGGUGGUCCAAUCGGACCGCCACAUCCGGCACUUCUUCAGUAUUCGCACAAGACCAGGAUGAGGACCAGUUUCGACUCGGAGCUCGAGUUGCCGCGUCUCCAGCGUUGGUUUGCUGAGAAUCAACAUCCGUCACGCGAACAAAUACAGCACUAUGUCGCAGAAUUGAACUCCCUAGAGUCGCGCCGCGGUAGGAAACCGUUGGACGCGAAUAAUGUCGUGUACUGGUUCAAGAACGCCAGGGCAGCGCAGAAGAGAGCCAGCAUGAAUGGCUGCAGUCCACCUGGGCUUAGCCCGAGGGGUGCCAGUAUCGUCAGCGAGGACUGCACGGACGAAGAGGAGGACACUAGGCAUCAGUCGACAUCGGGGUCACCCUGUCCACCGAGUAGUCCACCCGUCGGUCCACUAUCCUUGACUACGAGACCCGAGGAUCAGCAGCAGCCUCCGACAUCCACUCCAUCCUCGGUAAAGCAAGAGGACGCGAGAGUUUCCUCUGGUUCCGAGGAUGACGAGACCAGGCAUACGGGUCCAAUUCCACCAGGAUUUUCUUUGGUACCCAGCCCCAUGUUCGGUCACGGUAUAAUGUACAUGUCGCAUUAUCUACCGCCGCGCGGACCAACCGGUUGUCCCACCAGCAUGUUGGCCGACGAGAGAAGGAAGAGGAACCGGACGUUCAUCGAUCCCGUGACGGAAGUGCCGAGAUUAGAGUAUUGGUUCAAGCGGAGCACUCAUCCAAGCCACGCGCUCAUUCUGUCGUACACGGAGGAACUGAACAAGAUGCCCUAUCGCCAGAAGUUUCCACGUCUGGAGCCGAAGAACGUACAAUUCUGGUUCAAGAACCGCAGGGCCAAGAAUAAGCGGCUGAAGAUGGCUCUGUUCGAGGGCGAGUCGCCGCAACAGCAUCCAUAUCACGCCGACUAGUUAAUUUCCUUAAAUAACAUUGACUAGAGAAGUGCAAGAGAGGCCUUGGCCUUCGCAGCACGGAAGUAAAAGGAAUCGUUAACCGACUUGUUACUCCUUACUAUCGUUGACACGCGGUUUUAAACGUUUACCGGCCGCACAUUCAUUGUAAUUAUCACGUAACAAUUAAUAUAAUUAUUAUGGACUUUCAUGAGUGUAAAUACGAGGUGAUGUCAAAUAAAAAGUAUA